ACUUGGCAUUGGCAACGUAGCGGCUGCAAUCACAUGUUUUUUAUUUUGUUUGAAUUUCCAAUGCCGCUUUUUUAUUUUAAAAUUCUUCUUUUCAACUGAAAUUUUUCCAUUCUGCCCAUUAACGCAACUUACGACGUCAAGCAGAGCCCACUUUGUGGCAGGAAUAUCACUUAUCAUUGACCUUUUGAUAACACCAGUUUAUUGAGGUAGCAACUCUUAAAUUGGAACAUGGCUUGCAGUGGACCUCUAGCUCUUAUUUCUGUCUCUAAUAAGACCGGCCUAAUCGAGCUGGGUAAAAAUCUGCAGAGAUUAGGAUUUACAUUGGUGGCCAGCGGUGGUACUGCGAAGAGUCUUCGUGAUGCUCAACUGUCAGUCAAGGAUGUAUCUGAUAUAUCAGGUGCGCCAGAAAUUUUGGGUGGACGAGUAAAAACCCUACACCCGAGUGUGCACGGGGGAAUUUUAGCCAGGCUUACACCAUCGGAUCAGGCUGAUUUGCAAAAACAGAAUAUUGAAUUAAUUCAGCUGGUCGUUUGUAAUUUGUACCCGUUUGUGGAGACGGUCUCGAAACCGGAUGUUACUGUGGCAGAUGCAGUGGAGAAUAUCGACAUUGGAGGAGUUACCCUUCUGAGGGCGGCUGCGAAAAAUCACGAUCGUGUUACAAUAAUUUGCGACCCGAGCGAUUAUGCUCAAGUCAUUGAGGAAAUUCAGAACUCAUCCACCAGAGAUACAACUUUGGCUACAAGGCAGAGAUUAGCUCUUAAAGCAUUCACUCAUACUUCGGAAUAUGAUCUCGCAAUAUCCGAUUACUUCCGCAAACAAUAUUCCAAUGGUGUAUCUCAAUUAACUCUGCGCUAUGGAAUGAACCCGCAUCAGAAACCUGCACAGAUUUAUACAACAUUGGAACACUUACCACUGACUGUCAUUAACGGCUCUCCUGGCUUUAUAAAUUUAUGUGAUGCUCUGAAUGGCUGGCAACUCGUUCGUGAAUUAAAAUGUGCCUUAAAAUUACCUGCUGCUACUAGCUUUAAGCAUGUUUCUCCGGCUGGUGCUGCUGUUGGGGUCCCUCUGUCCAGUGAACAAGCAAAACUUUGCAUGGUAGACGACAUCUGGGAUCAAUUAACACCAUUGGCGACCGCAUACGCGAGAGCGCGCGGAGCAGAUCGCAUGUCAUCGUUCGGUGAUUUUGUCGCACUCUCCGAUACCUGCGAUUAUCCGACGGCUCGUUUGAUAUCGCGCGAAGUUUCCGAUGGUAUCAUUGCACCCAAUUACACGAAGGAAGCAUUGGAGCUGCUAAAAAAGAAAAAAGGGGGCGCGUAUUGUGUUUUACGCAUAGAUCCGGAUUAUGUUCCUAGUCCUGUUGAACGUAAAGUUUUGUUUGGUUUAACUAUGGAACAACAACGUAACAACGCAGUUAUUGAUGAAAAUCUUUUCACUAAUAUAGUGUCCUUGCACAAGCACCUUCCCGAAUCGGCGAUACGCGACUUGAUUGUGGCUACUAUUGCUUUGAAAUAUACACAAAGUAACUCUGUGUGUUAUGCUAAAGACGGACAAGUUAUUGGUAUCGGUGCUGGUCAACAGUCCCGCAUACACUGCACUAGAUUGGCCGGGGAUAAAGCGGAUAAUUGGUGGUUGAGACAACAUCCCAAAGUUAUAGGAAUGAAGUUUAAAAAAUCCGUUAAACGAGCCGAGAUAUCAAAUGCGAUCGAUAACUAUGUCAAUGGUACUGUUGGUAAAGAUAUGGAUUUGGGGGUGUGGCAAGCAAUGUAUGAAGAGGUGCCAUCGCAACUUACAGAAGCCGAAAAGACGGAAUGGAUUAGUUGUUUGAAAGAUGUUUGUUUGGGAUCAGAUGCAUUCUUUCCUUUUCGCGAUAAUAUCGACAGGGCCAGAUUGAGUGGAGUCAAUUAUAUUGGGAGCCCAGCAGGAUCUACAAACGACGAGGAAGUUAUUCGAGCUUGUAAUGAGCACAAGAUAACUAUGGUUCAUACUAAUCUUCGUCUCUUCCAUCACUAAACGUACAUAUGUAGUUUGAAUAUUUUAUAUAAUUUUAUAAUAUACAUGCAGUUAUUGUAUAAUUACAAGAUGUCAUAGCAGGA